AUGGAGAGCGCGGCACUGUCCGUCGUGAGCAAGGUCGGGCAGGUGUUGGUGGACGAGCUCCAGGACAUCCGCGGUGUAGGCAACAAGGUCGUGCACCUGCGGGACGAGCUGGCCACCAUGAACGCUGUCCUCCGCGUCAUCUCAGAGGCAGAGCAGGGCUCCGUCGACCACAUCGUCCGGGAGUGGGAGAAGCAGGUGCACGACCUCGUGUAUGAUGCCGAGGACUGCACCGACACCUACUCGCUACGCAUCAGCCGGUCCAUGGCGCGCCCGUCCAUCUACGCCCGCGCCAAGCGUGUUGCCAUGUAUCCAUACAAGAAGCUUGUGCUGCAGCGUGCCCUCACCGCUGACAUCAAGGACCUCCUGGUUCGUACCACCACCGUCAGCGAACGCCGUGCUCGCUACAACAUCGACCGUGCCACGCUGCCAAGAGCUGCCUUCUUGGCCCCUGUCUCGGUGGCGUCUAUCUCCGCGAGGUCCCUCCGCCGUGCCGACGACCCUCAUCAGUUUGUCGGCAUCAGGGAGCAGGCUGAUGCCCUGGCUAACAAGAUCAAGUCCCCUAUCCAUGAUCAGCAUGACAAGAUCACGGCUCCGGUCCAGGUUGAGGAUGCCAAGAGUCUCAAGGUGGUCUCCAUUGUGGGGUUUGGAGGCCUGGGGAAGACAACCCUGGCCAUGGAGUUGUGCCGGCAACUGGACGUGGACUUCCCCUGCCAGGCGAUGGUGUCCGUCUCACAAGCAUUUAAUGUCGAGAAGGAUAUGGAGGGACUGUCGAAACGACUGCUCCAGAAGCUCAACAAUAAGGGAGAGGAUGAAACCAACACGAUCGAGGAGGUCCUCAAAAAGACGAGGUAUCUCAUUGUGAUCGAUGAUGUAUGGAGCCUACCAGCCUGGGAAGCUAUCUGGAACAUAUUUCCAAAGAGUAAUUGCGGCAGCAGAAUCAUUGUGACAACUCGGAUAAAGGAAGUGGCUGUGGCAGCUAGUGCCGACUUUGUCCAUCACAUGGAGCCCCUAGAAAGAGAAGCAUCUGAGAAACUAUUUGUCAAAAGAGUGUUUAGCUCCACAAAGCUGGGUGAUUGCCCCACAGAACUUAAAGAAACCAUGGAUAUAAUUUUGAAAAAAUGUGGUGGGUUGCCGUUGGCCAUCGUUAGCAUCGCCAGCCUUCUGCCAAGCUCUACGUCAGCUGAGAGCAUAGAUAUGUGGAAACAAGUUUCUAGAUCAAUUGGUUCUCAUAUGGAAAGCAACCGUACCCUCGAGGGGAUGAGGCAGUUGAUUACACUCAGCUAUGACUACCUACCUCAUUAUCUGAAGGCUUGCAUGAUGUAUGUGAGCAUUUUCCCGGAGGAUUAUAUGAUUGCCAAGGAUAGACUGCUAUACAGAUGGAUUGCUGAAGGUCUGGUCACUGAGAAACGGGGUUUGACUUUGUUGGAGGUUGCAGAAGAAUACUUCAACGAGUUGUUAAGUAGGAAUAUGAUUCAACUAGACAAGUUUGUGUACCAGUUAAAAGAUUCUAGAGAAGUGGAGGUACAGGGGUGCCGGGUGCACGACAUGAUCCUUGAGGUCAUGGUGUCCAAAUCCCAUGAGUCUAACUUUGUUAGCUUGGUAGGGUGUGAAUUUGAAGGGAAGACAUAUGGACAUGGCAAGGUCCGCCGCCUCUCCAUCCAUGAUAACGACCAUGACGAGCAUCAUCAUUCAAGGCAUGGUGUUGAAGCGAUGAAGCUACAGCAUGUCCGGUCAUUGACCACAUUUCAACGUGUUGACCUUGCCAAGCUGCUGGAUCGCCUAGGUGAGUUCAAAUUGCUGAGGGUACUUGACCUGGAAGAUUGCACAUCCAUGAGAAACAAACACAUGAGAGAUGUCUGCCGUCUGUAUCUUCUCAGGUUCUUGAGCUUGAGGGGUACAGGAGUCAAAAUAAUGCCUCGCAAAGUUGGCAAUCUAGAGCGCUUGGAGACUCUUGAUGUACAACACUCUCAUCAAGAAGUUACCACGGACUGUGACAAAGUUAAGCAAACUAGAGCGCCUAUGGGCCAAUAG